CCUGAGUGUGGGAAGAGCUUCAAAAGGAAUUCCCACCUCAACCGACACCAACGCAUCCACACAGGAGAGAGACCCUUUAAGUGUCCUGAGUGUCAGAAGAGCUUCAAAAGGAAUUCUCAGUUGAAGCACCACCAGUACAUCCACUCAGGAGAGUGUCCAUAUAAGUGUGCUGAGUGUGGGAAGAGCUUCGAAAGCAGUUCUGAUUUCAGAGUCCACCAGCGCAUCCACAGGGGAGAGAGACCAUACAAGUGCUCUGAGUGCGAGAAGAGCUUCAAAAGGAUGUCCCACCUCACUUACCACAUGCACCUCCGCACAGGAGAGAGACCCUUCAAGUGCCCUGAUUGUGAGAAGGGCUUUAUAUGCAGUUCUGUUCUCAAAACACACCAGCGCAUCCACACAGGAGAGAAACCCUACAAGUGCUGUGAGUGUGGGAAGAGAUUCAGAAGCAGUUCAGAGCUCACAAAACUCCAGCGAGUCCACACAGGGGAGAAACCCCGCAAGUGCUCUGAGUGUUCAAAGAGCUUCCAAAGAAGUUCCCACCUCAGUCAACACCAGUGCAUCGACACUGGAGAGAGACCUUACAAGUGCUCCGAGUGUGACAAGACGUUCAAAAACAGUUCCCACGUCAUUUUCCACCAGCGCAUCCACACAGGAGAGAGACCCUACAAGUGCUCUGAGUGUGGGAAGGGCUUUACAAGCAGUACUAAUCUCAAAUCCCAUAAGCAUGUCCACAGAGGAAACAGAAAGUAGAAGUGUGUUGUGAUUUAACCCAGCAGGCGGCUCAGCACCACGCAGUUGUUUUCUCAUGCCUUCCCUUCCCUGUGGGAUGGAGGAGAGAACUGGAAAAAAAACCAUGAAGUAGAACUUUUAUGUUGUUGAGAUAAUGCUUUUUACUGCCACAGAGAAUAGCACGAGGCUAACAGUUAUGACGAUGUACACAUUUAUGGAUGUAUAUAACAAGGACGCACAAACAACUGCUCUGGUUUCUGCCAGCGGCUCCAAGUCAGGCCAUUCUCCCAGCUGCGGUGUGCAGCACACUUUUUACAUCUUGUCAUGUCUGGACUGGACCAAGGGCUGGUGCAUGAACCACUACCGGUUUAAUUUGUUCAAAGGCUGUUGUUGCUCAGGGCCCCACGUGAAAUCGUUCUUCUUCCGGGUCACGUGAUAGAGAGGGCUUACAAUCAGACUGUAAUCCGGAACAUGCGUUCUCCAGAAACCCACAGCACCUAAGAACACGUGUGUUCCGUUUUUGCUGGUUGGGGGAGACAGAGCAGUUAUUGUAUGGAUCCCAUCCAUGGGAUCUGACGACGUCCACCUUGCCAUUUGAUUCCUAAGAACAGGAUCUCCUGUGCACGUCCCUUGACUUGACUUGACUUCAUGUUGAAACUGGCUUUUAAGAGGUUUUGAAUUAUUUUCUUCCCUUUCUGCAAAACUUCUUCUGCUGUGUUGCCCCAUUCCAUGUUGUGGUCAGUGUAUUGCAGGAGUUGAGGAGCUUCCCCCUGUUCCAGUGCAGUCUGGGACAGCCCACGACAAAUGGCAGGGCUGUGUUUUCAUCCCUGGGGAUGUCAGUUCCAGGUGUACUGCCCUU